ACAACUAACACCUUCACUAAACCGCUACCGCAAGUCCGCAACAGCCACUCCUGCAAAACAAAUUCAGUCAUAAAUAAUUUGUAAGUAUCCGAAUGCCGAUGUGGAGUGAACAAAAGCCCGAUUUACCAUUUAUUUUAGACUGAAGUACAAAGGAUAAUCAAACUACAAAAACCAGUUUAUGAUAUCCCAAGACCCAAAUCACCAGUUCACCAAUCAUUACCAAAGAAUUGCAGCAAACAUCUUCAAUUCCAAAGAGAAAAAUGGUCAUGUCGGAAGAAAUGGGACUCACAUCUACAUCUACAUCUACAUCUACCUCUACCUCUACCUCUACCUCUACCUCUAGCAGCAGGCAAGCUGAAGGUGUGCGCGGCUUCCCGGCGGCAGCACAACCGGAGAUAAUGAGAGCCGCCGAGAAAGACGACCACUACGCUUCCUUUGUCUCCGACGCCUGCCGCGAUGCUUUCCGCCAUCUCUUCGGUGCUAGACUUACUGUUGCUUACCAUAGUCAGACAAAGCUUCUAGGCCAGAUGCUCUAUUAUAUUCUUACAACAGGUGCAGGUCAGCAAACCUUGGGAGAAGAAUACUGUGAUAUAGUUCAGAUCGCUGGAUCUUAUGGACUUCCUCCAACUCCUGCAAGACGAGCCUUAUAUAUUCUUUAUCAGACAGCAGUUCCCUACAUUGCAGAAAGAAUGAGCUCCAGAAUUGCUUCCCGUGGCAUGUUCCUUGCAGAAUCACAUUCUGAUGAAUUCGGUGAUAGCAGUAUUCCACGGAAUAGUCAACUUGGUAGUGGAACCCCAUCAUCCUCUACAUCCCAAAUCUCAACUUCAUCUCUUGCUCGAUUAAAAGGACGAUUUAGAAGAUUGCGGAUGUACAUAAUACACCAAUGGCCAACUGUGCUCCCAGUAGCACGUGAGGUUUUGCAGCUGAUUCUUCGAACAAAUCUUAUGCUUUUCUACUUUGAAGGCCUCUAUUAUCAUAUCUCAAAAAGAACAUCUGGAAUACGUUACAUGUUUAUUGGCAAACCGUCAAAUCAAAGACCAAGAUAUCAAAUACUUGGAGUUUUUCUUUUAAUUCAGUUGUGUGUUAUUGCUGCUGAAGCAUUACGUCGCACCAAUCUAUCCACCCUUGGAAGUUCAACUCGUCUGGCAUCUUUAGGGACCUAUCAACACUCAGCAGGAGCAGGACUACCUGUUCUGAAUGAGGAAGGGGAUCUGAUCACUUCGGACUCUGAGAAAGUCAGCUUUCUAUCUGAGUCAACGUCUGCAGAGGCUAAAGGAGCGACUAAAUGCACUCUUUGCCUCGGUAAUCGUGAGCAUCCCACAGCUACACCUUGUGGCCAUGUAUUUUGUUGGAACUGCAUCAUGGAGUGGUGCAAUGAAAAGCCUGAAUGCCCUCUUUGUCGCACACCAUUGACGCAUUCAAGUUUAGUUUGUUUAUAUCACUCUGAUUUCUAGAGCACCCAACCAAUGACCAAAGGUCAUUCUAAAUAUUUGGGCAAAGGGGGGAAAACAAACGCAAGUAGCAUUUUCUCCGUUUGUGUCAUAUGGAUGAAAAAGAGGGAUAAUUCUUGGUUUAUCUAUCUUUCGGAGUUAAGAGUUUAAGACCUAUUGUACAAUUCACUGUUGUAAACUGCUGUGUAUUCUGUUGGGAUACAUCAUGCAUGAAUUAGAUGUCUGCAUAUGCCCAAUAAUUAUGGAAAUAAUAGAAAUUUAGUCCUUUUCCUCA